AUGACCAUACCUACAGAAAGCGAAUUCCGAGCGCGCGGUCUCGUCAAUGUCGUUGUCGACAACUCUCCGCCCAAUAGCUCGACGACAUUCGAGGCCAUCCACCGUAGCGUCUCAUCCAACCCCCGGAAACAGGUCCAGGACGAGUGGGUGACGGGGUGGGCUAGUCUGGACCCCACGUACGAGUAUCCACUCCUCGACGACAGAAGACUAGAUGGUCGUGUCCGCUUCAGCUUUUGUCCAAACGAUGACGCGUCCGUGCUAUCCUCCUUUAGACGCCAAUCACAGAUCAAGGCUCUCGACACCGUCCCCUACACUCUCGGCCGGCCUGGUGUCGCCUCGUCGCCGACUCUAUCACCGACUCACGAGGAGGGUUUUCCGCGCCGCUACCGCCCACCAAGCCACGUGAUCGCGUGGUGGGAAGACGAUCUGGGGUACUGGCUGGUCGAAGAGAGCCCAGGAACGACCAACACUUCGUUUACUGAUUCUUGGAGCAUGAUCGUCGGUGCCGAUUGGCCGCAGUUCGCCGAGGUCAGCAAGGUCAAUUGCAACGGUUCAGCCUCUUCUACAUCAGAGCCUUCGAUGCUGCGGUGGGCGGACGCGUGUGACCUUCUCCUCCAGACUGUUAUCUGCCUUCAAGCUCUACACGACCGACAUAUCUCGCUGAACUGGUGCCAUCCCAACGUAUUUGGCAUCAGUCACGAUGGGACCGUCGUCGUGAAUCGACUGUGGGAGGCGACGGCGUUGCCAGGGCUGCAGGUCGGCAUGCAACUUACGCAGAUCCUCUCUCAGUGCUCUCUCUUUACCCGUGACCCUAUUCACCACAACUCGACAUACCUGAGCGAAGGGUACAUAUUCCGCCACCUGCGUUACCUUGCGCCAGAAGCAGCCAUCUCACGACGGGUAUCUGCUGGCAAUGACAUAUACAGCUGGGGCGUCCUCGCAUACGAACUUCUCACUGGCACGACUGUCGAUGGCGGGCCAGACUCGCCUGAUCUCGCCGACAUAGACUUCCUCGCCGACGUCCACAGACACAUCACGACCGAUAUCAUUACUCCACACGACUACCUCCAGCGCGUCAUUGCGUUGGGCGCGACUGUCGAGAUGCCACCAAAGCAGCUGUCCGACAUCAUCAUGCUGUCUCUCGCCAAGGACCCUGAGGACCGCUACCAGAACCUGGACACGCUCGCUUACGACCUGCGUAAGCUCUCGCAGAUCUGUCGCACCAACGGCGACCUUACCAAGUUUGCUGUCGGCGAAGUCGACCAUAUGAGUCGCUUUAGUCUGCCGCUGACUGUCAUCGAGCGAGGCGCCGAGCUGGAGGCCCUGGACGUCGCGUUUGCCGCCGUCGCGAACGGCAGUGCGUCGAGCCGUGUGAUUAACAUCUGGGGCCAAAGUGGGAACGGCAAGUCGCGGCUGGUUGAUGAGUGGUCCGCUAAGCUCGAAGCGGAUGACUUGGGAGCGAGGUGUCUCGUUGGGCACGCCAAGCCCGACGAACACAUCCGGAAACCUCUCACGAGUUUCGUGCAGAUCUUCCAGUCCCUCCUGGAUCGGGUGUUGACGGACCCGCGGGAGAACGGCAAAGUAUGGUUAGAUCGGAUCAAGUCGGCGCUCGCGGGAAGAUGGGCGUUCUUCGUUUCCCUGCUAUCUGUGGAGUCUCACCGGCUUCUUAAAGAGGACGAUUCUGUUCCAAUAGCCCCAAAGAUCGAGGGAGAGAAGUUUAUCUCGGCAUUCAAAUCGUGGUCGAGGCAGUUCUUGCAGCUGUUUGCAACCAAAUUGCGACCACUGGUGCUGGUUAUCGACGACAUCCAGUGGCUCCCCCAGAACGAGGUGGACAUCUGGCGACAGGUUAUCGACGGCCCGUAUCCGCUCAAUCACGUCAUAGUCGUGUCUAUAACUGGAAGCGCGACGCCAGUGCCUCCUCCAGCCAGCGUACUUUUUUCGGCCAGCUCAAGCCUUGAAGUCAAGCGCCUCACAGAAGAAGGCGUUGUGGCGUACAUCGACAAGUGUCUAAACGGUCGGGUUGCGACAUCGGGGCUGGCUAUAGCUAGCUUCCUAUAUGGGGAGACGGCAGGGAGUCCGCUGUUCCUGCGAACGCUCAUGACGACGCUUCUCAAGGAGCAAGUCGUAGCAUUUGACUUUGACAGCUUGCAGUGGCGCUUCGACCUCGUGACGUUGCAGUCGCACCUGUCGGACGCCAGCUUCGACUCAUACCUCGAGAACGUUAUGCGCAGAUUUCCUCCAGAGGUGCAGGAGCUGUUGAAGAUCUUGUCAUAUCUGCCUUCGGCUGGUUUCCCUCUCAAAAAGUUGUCCAAAGGCUUGGGCAAACCCGUGCGAGAUCUGGAGAGCCUCAUGCAGGUGUGUGCGGCAAUAGGAGUACUGGCUCUGCAACCAGACCACUUCUGCUUCACACAUGAGCGGCAAAGGCAAGCGGCCCAGCGCCUCGCUCUUAGCACCGAGGGUGCGGCCCUGCAGCGACGCGUGUUCGAGUUCCUCACUAAGGAGGACCUUGUUAAUGACUACCUGUACGAUGCGGUUGAGCUCGCUGUGUCAGCCCACUCUCGUGGUUCAGACAUCGCGAAGUCGGACGCCCUUGUGUCUCUUCUCUUGGACGCAACAGCGCGCGCGAUGCAGCACGCCAAUUUCACCGCCGCUUGCCACUUUGUGACCACUGCGACAGACAUUGUUGAGGGCACCGAAGGCCUCGCAUCGUGGCUCAAGUCGCACCGCGAGCUCUGCUUCCGAUACGUCCGACUAUCGGCAGAGGUAUCGAGCGUCUUCCACGACCACGCCGCGACGUUUGCGGCGCUCAACACCCUCAAGCCGCUCUGCGAGACGCCGGCUGAGAGCAUCUCCGUCGCCACCCUUCUCGUCAGACAGUUGAUCGCCGCCAACCGAACUCAAGACGCGAUGGACGUAUUGUUCGAAACCUUCGACGAGUUUGGGUACAACCCAGACAACCCACACGUGGUCAGUCUGUGGCAGCCUGAGUCGGUUGCCGACGUGGAAGAGUUCGAGAGAGAGCUCAAAAACGGGCCCACUAUUGGUGGGGACGACCACGAUGACGACCACGACGACGACCAUGUCCUUAUAAUGUCGCUUAUUGGAUACGCUGGCCCGACUAUUUACAUAACGCAGCCCGAGCGCCGCUCCUCAGUGUUCCGCCUCGGCGUAAGCGUUGCAAAGGCGCUGGGCAAGCUCCACGACUCGACCGCCCUUGUUCUCGCCAUGCACUCAAUCUGCAUAUCACAUGCACCGAUCCAGAACGCCCUCAGGGCAUUAUCCCUGCGAAUCACGGAGAUGCGUUCCAACAGUCUUCUCACGAACUCUGCCCUCAUAGCGCUUGGUGCACAGUCGCAUUGCUUCAUGGGCUUCGAGAGAGUUCAGGAUAUCAUGAACAUCGCAUUCGACGGCUCCGUUGCCCUCGCAGAUUACGAGGUGGCAGCGUAUGUCGUCUCGCUUGAUCUCCUUACACGGCUGUUCUCAAAGAUUCCCGUCAUGUGGGAGGUGGUGACAAGACGCUGGGAGCUGGUCAAGCCGUACUCGACGACUUCGCACCACCUCCUCGUCAACCUGCCUCACCAGUACGCAGAGUGUCUGGCGCGACCCCAACGUGACGCUCCGUGGGAAAUGGACGGCGAUUUCUUCGGCCGCGGUGACUUCAGCUCCGUGCAGAACCCGAGAAUGCAUGUCGGCACAUACGAUGUCCUGGCGUUACGACUCCAUCUGCUGUACGACGCCCCACCCAAACUCCUGCUACAAAUGCUCAACCGGGGUCGAAAGACCAUCCCUUCGAACGAGGGUCUCACGACCGGAAGUGAGAUGCAUUGGCUCCUCGCUUUGGCGGCACUGCGGACGGGCACCAACCUGGACCUGCUGGAGACGGGGCGUGAGUUCCUCGCGACCUAUGCGCCCUACUCGCCGGACCUCAAAGCUCGACUUGAGCUCCUCAACAUGUAUGAACGACUGAGCCAAGACCCUUUCGAGGCGCUGAAAGAUGCUGAAGCGACGAUCGAGCGCUUUGAAGACGACGACCAGAUGCUCCUUUCUGGCCUGCUCAACUUCUACACGGCUGACUUGUUGAUCAAAUGUACAGGCUCACCCAAACUCGCAGCUGGGUUCAUCGGUGCUGCGUUUAGGGCGUACAAGAUUUACCAGGCGGCAGGACUGUGUGAGAUGCUGCGCGACCGUUACCCAAUACACUGCCCCCCGACACCGGUCACUCCACGAGGUCCCUCCGACUUUUUGGCUGUUGAUGUGGUCCCACCUCCGCUGAGGCGAGAGUCACUGGCCGUGUCCGUCUCGGCGUUGACGAACAGCGACUCGACUGUGGUCUCACGGACCAACGACGACCCCACCACCAUAGAGGCGUCGACUGCGUUUACGGACAACAACCUGGACACACUUGCACUAAUGCGGUCGUCGCUGGCACUGGCGCAAGAAAAGGACUCGCUGGUGCUUCUCUGCACCCUGCUGCGCAUCCUAUGCCAGUUUGCCCGCUGCGACUAUGCCGCCAUCGCGCUGAGCGAUGAGGACGACAAGUCCACACUCCGCCUCAAGGCAGCGGGCCCAUUCCAGCGCAUAACGUCAUACGACCUAGACGCCAGUGAUGAUGCCGCCCAGACGGUGUGUCCUACGUCCAUCAUGUUACAUGUCGCGCGCACAGGCAUCCCCAUCACUAAACCUGCCAAAGCAUCGCGUCUGCGCAAUGACCCCUUCUACAACGGUCGCCAGCCGCGCACUCUAUUGUGCCUCCCAAUCAUCAACCAGGGCGGCCAAUCUGGCGUAAUCUUGCUCCUGUCGAUGUCGUCAACGAGUGCUGCCGUUCAGUCGGAGUCAACUCGCGAGGUCGUCUCCACCCUUGCGACCUUUGCGCACAUCAUUCACACGCACCACGUCUGCACAUCGCGUCUCAAGACCGAAGUCACGAUGAGGACACGUGAACUAAGCAACGCCCUUCAGGCGAAGACACAAUUCCUGUCACAAUGCUCUCACGAGCUCCGCUCGCCGUUAGCCGCGAUCAUGGGACUGGCAAGCGUGCUGGAAACGAGUUCGGGUCUGACGGCUGUCCAGCAAGAGCACCUGCAGACUAUUAUUGCCAGUGGCCAGGACCUCCUCGCUCUCAUCUCGAACAUCCUUGAUCACUCCAAGCUCGAGUCAAACUCGGUGCAGCUCGAGAGCAUUCCGUUCUCCGUGCGCGAGGUAGUUGAAGGUGCGCUCGACAUCAUCGCGCCGGUGGCCCAGAGCAAGAACGUUGAGCUUACGGUGCUAACGACACUCUUGUCGGAUCCGCCGGGCGUGAUUGGUGAUCCGUUCCGUGUAAAGCAGGUUCUGUUGAACCUGCUUUCUAACGCCGUCAAAUUCACGCCGCCAGGCCAAGCGGGCCGUCGCACCGCCCGCGUCACUGUUGAGCGGACGUGGGAGGACCUGGGUGACGGGUGUAUCAAGGUCGCUCUCACUGUUGCCGACACUGGCGUGGGCAUCCCAUCUUCCAAACUGCACAAGCUCUUUAAAAGCUUUUCACAGGUCGACGAGUCAAUCACCAGGUCUUACGGUGGUUCGGGGCUGGGCCUCGUUAUCUCGCGUGACCUGGCACGUCUCCUUGGUGGUGACUGCACGGUCGAGUCCGAGUUCGGUAAAGGAUCAACGUUCACCUUCACCUUCGUGACCCAGCGAGACUCGUCGUGGCAGCCAACUAAGUUGCGGCGUUUCGACACGACCCAGGAUGUCUUCAUUCUCUCAGGAGGUGACAUGAUGUGGGGACACGUGCUUGAGGAGGACCUCAAAGAGUUCAACUGUCGCCCGACGUGGUUCACCGAGCCGUUACCUAUGGCCUUGACGCCCGGCCAUCCCAUCGGUUUCAACAGCGGAAGGCAUUACCAGAGCAUCAUUCUCGACACGAGCUUGAUCGAGCCUAAGACGAUCAGCGAGAUUAAGAGACUGCAGCCCAACGCCAAGAUCAUCUAUGUGGCCAAGGCGACACAGAUCUCGCACGAGAUGGAGCGUCUGAACUUUGGGCGUGAUGAGAUCCUCGCACGCCCCCUCAAGUUCAACAGCCUGUACAAGAUGAUAAUCCCGGCGCCAGAGGACAAGAACAAGAGGCACCCACCGCGGUCCAAGCAGAAGAUCAACCGCAGCCUUGCGAAGGAAAAGCCGCUCGACGUGCUCGUGGUCGACGACUCGCCGGUCAACGUCGCGGUGUGCCGCCGCAUCCUUGAGCUCUACGGAUACAAGGAGGCUGACGCUGCGAGUGACGGUAUGCAAGCGGUCGAGAUGUCCGAGAAGCGCCGAUACGACCUGAUCCUACUGGAUCUUCAAAUGCCCAUCCUCGACGGCUUUGGCGCGCUCAAACGCAUCCGCGACAGUCCACUGGCGGGCGAGCCGUGCGUCGUAUCCCUCAGUGCCAACGUCGACAAGGCGACACAGAAUCGCUGCACGGAGGCGGGCUUCUUCGCCGUCCUAAACAAGCCGGUCGACAUUCCUCGUCUCGGCGAGUUGCUCGAGGAGGUGUGGGAGACGCGCCAAAAAGCGCUCCAAUAA